AUGAAGCUUCACACCACGUCCGUAGCAGUGCUUCUGGGACAACUGUCCUCUCUAGCGACGGUCGCUCAAGCAGCUCAAAAGAAGAUUGAAAUCCCAGCUGGAGGUUAUACGUUCAGGCUUAGCCUCUUCGACGACGGGCGGACCACUCCCUACCGGGUGUUCUUCGCGGACGAGUACCUCACUGGCUCAAGCUACAGGCUGAGCGCGGAUGGGCACGUUCAGUACUUCAAGGCCGGCGCCGAGCUGUACUUCGACCGCAUGGUACAAGACGAUCAUUCUAUCUCAUUCAGCAAAAAGCUAUCGGAGAGCAGGAAACAUGGCAAGGGGCGACCAGAACCCCAUGACGACUACGACUUCUCUUCGUCCGAAGCAAAUUUUUGCACCGAAUGCACAGAGGCGAUUGCCGCUACGUGUUACUCUGGACUCCCCGAAUUCUGCACCAUGGUUGACCGAUCCAUCCUCGGCUACGACGGGCUCCAGUCCAUGAGAGCUCUGUGCCACAACUACGAGGAGGUGUGCACCAUCGUCGAAGAUUCUUGCCACUACUUGUGUGGAGACGUGGACCACGAGUUGGUGAACGCCGCAACUAUCACAGCCAUUGCCGCAAGCGCCACUGGCUUCGACGAACGCCCGGGACAGGCCAGUGGUGAUUCCGGAUGCGGCAAAUACGGGUGUCUGCCUGUGUUGGCCACCGACGGCAUCGCCGACGACGUCGAGUCCAGGUGGUCAUGCGCGGAGGACGUCGUCCCUGACGGUGGACAGUGCGAGAUCGAGUUCACUUUCUUCCACCCCCAGAACCUCAAGCAGUUGCAGGUCGACUUCUGGAAGGGUGAGGAGCGCACCCGCACUCUCAAGGUCAAAAUCAACGGCGAGAAGUUCGGGGAGUUCGACUCUCACCCUGGAUCUGUCACGAGCUAUUUCGACGUCAUUGCGUACGACGUGCACACCGUCACGCUCGAGUCCCUCGGCCUCGACAAGGACGAGUGGAUCAGCCUUCUCGAGGUACUCUUCAUGGUGGAACCCUGA